UAUCCCCCAGCCAAUCACAGCUCGCCAUCUGGUUUUGACGAGGCUAGUGGAAAACUCAAAACGUCUUGGGUCUUAUAGCAGGAGUUAGAAUUCUUCAGUUGACGUAUACCGGUACUGCUGACGUGCUGACACAACAGGUGCAGGAGUAUUUUGAAUAGGAUGAAUUCUUGUUACGCAGUGCUCGUCCAGCUUUUGCUGAUAGCUUCCGUUCUUUUGGGAGCUAUUUCAGCCCUUAAACCAGAAGAUUGUGAAGUUUGUUUCAAGGUAGUUGAAAAAUUCAGCAAUUCAUUGUCAGACGAUGUUCGUAAAGACCCCAAAAAGAUUGAAGAACAAUUCAGAAAGUUUUGUAAAGGAUCUAAGAGCAAGGAAAAUAGACUUUGUUACUAUCUUGGAGGUUUAGAUGAAUCAGCGACGGGAAUUUUAGGAGAACUAUCUAAACCCCUGUCAUGGUCAAUGCCUGCAGAGAAAAUCUGUGAAAAGUUAAAGAAGAAGGAUAACCAAAUUUGUGACUUACGCUAUGACAAAACAAUUGAUUUGAAAACUGUUGAUCUCAAGAAACUUAAGGUGAGAGAUCUAAAGAAAAUCUUAAAUGACUGGGAUGAAACUUGUGAUGGUUGCCUUGAAAAGUCAGAUUUCAUCAAGCGCAUUGAAGAACUGAAACCACAGUUUAUACACUCUGAGCUCUAAAUAAAUAUUCACAUUAGGGGCUACAUUAACUGACUGAAUUAAGCUGUCACUGAUCCAAGGAGAGAGAAGAGAUCUGUUGUGAUUCCAAAACAAACCGUUUUCUUUAGGUGCAACUUUGUAAGCCUUAAAGAAAUUGUUCUCUCCCAUCAUGACUACUCAAAGAAUGUACAGAGGACAUGUACGUUCCUUGUGCAUUUCUAUUUACUGACAGUUUUCGAGCUGUCAGGAAAAUUUAGAUAUACUGUCUUUGUUUCUAAGUUGAAACAAUGUUUACCAUGUGUACCAGAAUAUUUCUUGUUUAUUGUUGUGGUUAUAAUUUCCUGUGAUGUAGGAGACAUUAGCUUUAUCACUGUAAAUACAGUUUCCAUGCUGCCACCUAGCACAUUGUGAUCUGGAACAUUAAAUGUUAAAUGCAAGGUGGAGGAUUGAUCAAACAUAUUUAUAUGAUUAGUUGUAAAGACUUGCGGUCACACCUCUUUGCUGGUCAGAGAUUGAAGGGAAUGAAGAUAGAAUUGUGAAGAAUCAGUUCAUUCAUCAGCAACAAUCGAAAACAAAGACAUCUUUAACUUUACAUGAACCCAGUAUUUUGUAAGUGAAUUCCAAACAUACAUACUUAAAAUUAGUCUUGAUGCCAAAUCUAUGUUUAAGUGUGUUUUAAUUGAAUUCAUUUUAAUUAUACUAAAAAUUGUUUUGCAAAGGAUUAAGUUUUAUGGAAUUGUCAAACAUUGUCAUUGACUGAAUGAGAAUAAAUAUUUAUUUUAAAAUA